AUGUUACAGCAAUUGAGUGCCAAUCAAAUCCUGAGCAAACGACAAAAUCCAAUCGAUCUUAUCUCCCAUCAGCUCAUUGCUGCCAAGAUGCCUGUCCCAAUGGAUGCACCACCGCAAUUCCGACCACGAGAAGAUCGACGCGAAGCAACAACUGAGAGUUGGAACAGCUGGGCGAGGACCCGAGAGUUGGAGGAAUGGUUGCAAGCUGUGGGCGUUCGUUCUUCUUCCCUAUGCCAAUCUACAACCCCUGACCUUUUGAGAAGGCAAGGAAUGCAGCGCCCCGGCAAACAAUAUGAAUUCCCCACUGGAUUUGCUACUACGUUCUACCAAGAACGAUUCCUUCCUGGAGAGUGUUUCUUCUCAUUGGAUGCAUUUGGUCUCUUUUGCAUAACUCCAUCGCUGCAUGCGAGCCAGACCUCAAGGGUCAAUUACUCCAAAACACUGUGCUCACAGGGGGAGGGUCGUUGCUUCCUGAAAUUUAAACUAUCAGCGGCGAGUAACGUCAUCGAGAGGCAGUAUAGUGCCUGGAUAGGUGGAAGUAUUCUCGCUAGCUUGGGUACAUUCCAUCAGUUGUGGAUUAGUCGGGCGGAAUUUUUGGGAGCCAUGACGUUCGGCGACAAGGACUCUGAGUCGGCCAGAACCCACUCGACGGAUGAGAUCAAUGCGAUCCUUGACGUCGAUACUGCGAGGGUCUACACUAAUGGAACAUCGGAACGCCUCCUAGGAGAUGCAAAGACGAAAUUGUAUCCGGGUCCAACCGCUCGUCACACACCGGAGGAUCUCAGGAAAACUCUGCAAGCUUCACUAACGGCCCUCAGGGCCGAUAAGGUUGAACUUUUCUAUCUUCAUGCACCUGACCGGACCACCCCUUGGGAAGUCACAUUUAAAGCGGUGGAUGAGCUUCAUAAGGAAGGAAAGUUCGACAAGGUUACUAAUGAAUCUAGUUGGGAAGUUGCCGAGAUCGUCACUCUCUGUCGGCAUAACGGCUGGAUUCAGCCUACCGUUUAUCAGGCGGAACCAGGCUCUCGGUUUGAUAGUGCCAAAGGGACUAGUCAAUCGAUCAACUACCGCAAGAGAUAUUGGAACGAUCACAACUUCAAGGCACUCUCCAUCAUCGCGGAAGCGGCGGAGAAGGAGAACUUGACGAUUCCAGAGACUGAAAUUGUUGGUGUCUCAUGCCUCAUGUUUCCAGCGAGCACCACGAUGCUGUGA